AGUGGCAAAUCACCCCUCUAUUAACACCGGCACUAUUCUUUCGUUAGUUUUAACAGUUCGCUCAUUAGCCCUUCCUCCGUCGAUGUCGUCGAAUACCACCAACCCAGAAGUCAUCUUCAAGUUGGCUCUCCGCAUGGUCGUCGACGAGCUCAUGAAGGUCUUCGUUUACCCUUACCAGCUAAAGGGGAAAAUCAUGGAUACCCAUGUCAAGGCUGUGCUGGAUGUCUGCGCCACCAUGAUUGACAACACGCUGGAUCGACUCAAUGAUGCUUCCAUUACCGAUGAAGAAACCUGCUUUGAUGCCUUGGAUGAAUUGAACGAGACAGAGCACUUGGCGAUUCAUGACGAAUUAAAAACGGCGAUGCAGAAUUCCACCGAAUUUGCCAGCAAUAGUCUGGCAAUUGUCACUAAAAUCUUAAGCCUAUUGGUGGAUUUCAACAUCCCAAUUCACAGGAAGUUACCCAGAGUCCAAGAAACAGAGUCGAACUUUCCGGGUUGGGACGGAUCCGGUAAGUACAAAACAAUCAAAGAGGCGGUGGCGGCAGUGCCGAAUAAGAGCAAGACUAGAUUUAUUAUAAAGGUGAAGGCAAGGACGUAUAAGGAGAAUGUGAAUCUAGACAAGAGCAAGUGGAAUGUGAUGAUGUUCGGGGAAGGCAAAACGAAAACCAUCAUUACCGGCAAGUUGAAUUUCAUCGACGAAACUCCUACCUUUUCCACUGCUACCUUCGGUAAGUCCAGUCCCCUCCUCAGUCCUCACCUAAUAAUUUUGGGGAAGAGAAAGAUCACAUGGGAUAUGGAUGUUGACAUGUGAAAUUGUUUAUGAUUCAUGAUGCUCAUAUGUGGUUUUCUUUUCUUUUCUUUUCUUUUUUUUUUUAUCUGGGUGGGCAGUUGGGAGAAGGUGCUAAUUGAUCUUUUGAAAGAUUUAAUAGAGAGGAAAGCAGGGGAUUGUGUGCCUCCAGAAGGAGAAAUAUUCCCCUCAGAAAAUUGUAAGUAAAUAGGUUUUGCAUUU